GUGUUCGUGUACCAAAGUCGAUAGCGACCUUACAGUCUUAUGGAGACACCAGAUGCUUAAAAAUUUGUUAGUGGAGGGUUGAGUUGAAGGUGAUUUUUACAUGAGUUGAAUGGCCGUAUUUUAGUGAACAAGCAGUGUAACAGUACCAACGUGCGGCACAGGUACACAUCAAAGUCUUUAUGCCGUCACCAAAGAACAAGUUAGAAUGCCACAACAGCAUCUGCAGCAUUUUUCAAAUAUUAAAUUUUAUAUUGAUUCGUACUGUAAUUUUAUUUUUGCUAGGAAACGGAGCAAAAAUUUGAUAUCAGAAUGGAUGGAACAUUUGAAAAAAUCACUUAGUGCAAAUUCACAUAAGACAAUAAGCCAUUGAAGGCGAAUUGAUGUUUACUUGUGUUUACUUCUCAGUCGCAUUAUUAUUUAAUGUUACUUCAACGGAAGUAGCAAGAAAUAUACUACUUAUUCAUUCUAGGUCAUAUCCGUAAUAUUACCAAUCAGCAAUAACUAAGGAUAAAACUGUUUAAAGUCGAGUGACUUUUGGGGGGUUUUGCUGAGUUAAUUCGAUGUUUUCUUUUGUGUUAAUCUUUGGUAAAUUUACUUCAAAAAUCUCCAAUCCGAUUUUGUGUAGACUUUGAACACUUUAGUUCUAUUUCGUUUACUCAAACGUUUUACGGCUGACGAGUAAAUGUACAUGCACUCCAAGCUUCUUAACCUAGCUUAAUCGGUACAAUCUUAAAUCUCAAAUCAUUCUUUGAAAACAUGUUUAUGUCAAGUAUAAACACGAUGGAUGUUUUCUCAUCGUCUGAGGCAGUAAGGCGAGUCCGUCGCAUAGUGAACAUGGGACCCACAAUAUGCCAAAUCUUCCUUUUGUUAAGUCCUAUAACAGGAGGUAUAGUACACUAUACCUGGUAGAAUCGCUUCCCCUUUUUUCUCUAUUGUCAACUUUGAAGAGAAUGUCAGCUCCAGUCUCCAGUAUAGGCGUGAAAGAAAAAUGAUCUCAGUAAGGGUCACUUGAGGUCGCCUCAAAGGACUACAGUUCAAUGUCCAUGAAUAUGUGACUUCGAUAUUCAGUUCUAACCAUACAACUCUUCUUCAUGUUUACUGAGAUUGAGAUCAACAGAUUGGUGUUGUAUUUUCUAAGCUGCUGUCUUAUAGUAUAUGCUGUCUCACUUGGCUUGGCUGUUGGCUGACCAAAGGCAUUUGCCUCCGCUUUAUUGGGCCUAUGUGCAAGAAAGAAAUAAUCUGUUCCCGCUCUAGCGUUUGCAAGUAAUGGCGGUUUUUUUUUGUCGAAUGAUAUAAAAUAUAUUUUUUUAUGUGAAUGUGAUGAGAAAUUAUCAUUAGCUAGCUUUAAAUCCCUAGACGAUCUCGUGGUAAAUUCUUUCGACCUUUAAGGACAGUAGCCUAGUCAUGGUCACUUUUCGAGGUCAUCCCAUCUUUUCAAUAUUUAUUGACCUUGUCAAUGAAUCGGAGUACGUAAAAAUUUUUCUUAUAAUGUCAAGCAGAUCAGAUCAGGUGAUACAUGAUUCAUUGCAUCCAUUGCUUAUCCGGAAUAAGGGGCCUCGAAAAAUCUUAGCUAUUGCGUCCCUCUUUUUUCCAUUGACCUACUUCUCUUUCCGCUCUUCGACCAGUGCCCAUCAUAGAUUCCUAUAAAUCAACACAUUUUCUGUGGAGUGGUCACAUUCCUUGAGAUCGAAUGCUCGAGUCAACUUCAUUCCAAAGUGGUAAUUCAAAUAAUUACACUUACACAGUUCUCCGGUUAAAAUCAGUUAUUUAACAGAUCGGUAAAAGCGUGUAACUCAUUCAACUUGUAUAAUGAAGCUCCUUAUUUACUGGUGUAUUGCUAACUUUAUCGCUGAUUUUAUUGGAGUCGAGUGUCGAAGUCCUUCGGUGAACAAUCUUUAUCGUAACCGCCCAUCCACAACGAUUUCAUCGCCGACAGAGGAGACAUCACAGCAACAAUUUUCCACGACUACUCCUCCUAGUUUAUCAACUGUUGCCACCGAGAAGAGCAAUGACCAGUUGCUUACUCCACCGGUCACUCAAAGUGCUGCUCCUGCCUCAGUCAAAGUGAUUCCAGCGAUUGUUAUUGCUCCUCUCAAUUCUACAUUCCCCAACAAGACAUUGAGCACACAUUUAAAUUCGACCAAAGUACCAAUCACGGCCGUUCCGAUUAUCGAUUUAACUCCGGGUAUUCGGAUCAACAAGACCGCAAACGUCACAAAUGUAUCCAUCAAGCAGGGAGUGAACAGCCGGUUUCGUCUCAACGUGACUUAUGUCAGUCGUGUGACUGUGACCAGACCGACUAAUGCAUCUCAAAUGUUCCCGAAGCGUCCUCUUCUAUCGCCAACCAUGAGUCGUUACCUGGCAAUAGCGAAGGAAAAGGCUCUUAACAGCACACCAAGUUCAACUUUGCCUGGAGCCGAUAAGCCGACUCACAUCAUCGCAAAACGUGCCAUCACUAUGCCCUUGCUCUCUUUGGACGAUUUUGUUCUUGAUGUUGAUAAUACAUCCUUAUCGUCAAACCAGUUCACAUUUGAUCCUUCGUGAUUACCCAAGAGUCAAUGUAGUUGGCAUUCACCUCAAAGCCAGAAAAUUC